UUAACUAUUUCAAUUUUGGAGCAAAUCCUUGUGUUUUUUUUUGUUGUUGUUUGUCGUGCAUGGAGCUUCACCUUGGACUCGCUCUUCCAACCACUCCUUUUCUCCCCAUCGGUUACGAGCUAAAACAGUGUCCAUUCGACGCUGAUGUUAAAGACGGUAAUGGCAGUUGCAGCAGCGUCAACGGCGGAAAAAAACGAAGCUGCUUUGAUGAUGAGACUCGGGUUGUUCCCAAAACUCUGCCUCUUUUUCUUUGGAACAAUGACCAUCCCAAUGAAGAAGAUGACCCGAAUGAUCCCGAUGACAACUCUUCUUCUUCUUACAUUCUCAAGAAUGAAGGAGAGGGUUUAGUGGGGUGGCCACCGGUGAAAGCCUGGAGAAAGAAGCUCCGCCGCCACGUACACAGUGGCAGAGUAAAUAACAAUCGCAUGGUGGCGGCGACGGCGGCGAAGAUUAGCUCAACGUACGUGAAGGUGAAAAUCGAAUUGGAUCGAAACUCAUUCAAUUCUAGUUUAAAUUAA